AUGUUCACGCAGUCCUCCUCCAAUCCAACCUCCUCCCCGAGCCCGUCCACCGUGUCGUACAACUAUCAAGGCCAAAACCAGCUUCAAUCCGAUUACAAUCAGUUCUCAAACCAACAUCACUAUCAGUUCCACCAGUCAAAUGGAGAAAGAGGCGAGCAGCGGCUUAAUUUUCGCUAUGCAUCGCAAUUCCAGCCUCAUCCAUUGCAACACACACCUUCCACAUUUGUGGACGACUGUCACGACCCGUCGCCUGCCUUUAAUCGGUCUGUCGUAUGUUCGUCAUUGCCCGUGAAUGACUCUUCUUUCUGGGACCCCGCUUUGGUAGACUCUCUCAGGCAUGCAAUCGAAGCGCUCUUCUCAUUGGAGAAUUUGAAGACCAACUACACAAUUGCCAAACACAUGCGGAGUGGCUCGAUUCCGGUCACAAAAUUAUUGUCCUUACCACAAAUAAGGCAAGUAUUGGAGAACGUUGGAGGCACAUGCGGCCAGGAGCGCCUCCUGCUGGCCCAGGCUGUUGCGCACUCUAAGUCUGUGGCCACCUGUGAGAACGGGAAAAAAAUUGGUCGCGUCGAUCACUCCUCUGGGUGUGACCUGGCCUUUCGGUGCGUGGAAAUCAGGAGCUUACCGGAAGGAAGUACUGAAGCUAGUGUACGUGCUCUUGUCGACCGAUUCGGGGAGGUCACGCAUGUCAAGUUGGGAGGGUUGGACGAAGAGGGAAAAGAGAAGGAUGAGAAGCCUCCCUGUCAAGGAGAGCAGGCUCUCGUCGAAUUCGCUGCGCCAGCCGGUGCACUUCAGUGUGUAGAUACAUUGAGUGGGACCAAGUCCAACUGGCGUUCGUCGGUGCGGGUGACCUUCUUGAACGGAUUUUCGACGGGUCAGGUGGCCACCAUGGCAGGGUUGGAAAUUCUCCACGCAGCUCAGGAGGGAGGGGCGACGACGCUCAAGGGUCCCCAAAAAGAAAGCACAGGUAGUGGCGGCUCUUGCAGCGCGACAAGCGGCAUCCCAGGGCCAGUGCCGACCACGAGGACAAGCACAGGUACCGGGGGUCCCGCCUCUACCCUGGCUGGUGCUUGCUUCCUGCCUCCUGUCCUCCCUGAAGGAGACCACACCGGACACAUUGUUGAGCUCGAGGUGGAUGCGGCCGGCAGAGGAGUACGAGGGGUCCUCAAACGGGAAGGCCAGAGACGAACGCUUGUCUCUUUUCAGUACUCGGAUGCGGCACCGCUGGCCGUGGGCGAGCGGGUUGCGUUUUCUGUCAAGCAUAUUGACAGCAAGGCCGUCGUCCAGAAUUUGGUGGUAGCUCCCCCCCUACCCUCCACCCCUCUCUCAACUCUCAACUCUGGUGCCAGGACCGGGGCGGCAAGGCCGUUGGGGGGAAGGGUUAUCCCUAAGACCCGGAACGGGGGCAUCAUGGCCAGAGGUCCGUCGGGCUCGCACGGUUUCCACUACCCUCGAACGAGGCCUUCGGGGGAAGUGCUGGAGCUCCUGGACGCUCUGAAAUUGAAUGGAGCCCAGCAGAAGGAGGUAGCUAGUAAAUAG